CACGACAGUGAACAGUGACACUGAGGCUACAGAGAAAGAACCUGCAGAUUUCAUGAGCUUAGAGCACAAAGAAAAAAACUGACUGAUGAAGGGAAACAAGUAAUGACGAGGAACAGGAAAAUGUGAUGCCGUGCGAGUUCAAAAAGUGCUGGAAACUUUCAUCACAUGAAUUGUGAAGCUGAGGACGAAGGGAGGACGUAUAUAUAAGAUAACGACUCCAACUCACUGUCUGUUCACUCAAUCGUCAGCUUCUACUGGAGGGAAAAAAUGGACCUGCCACCAACCCUUCAUGUGUUUCUUCUUCUCUUUUCCCUAAAUGCUGUUGUUUGGGCGUGUCCAGAUGGAUGCAAAUGUCAAGGAAGCAAAAUCAUCUGCAGUGGCCUCUCAGACUUCCCCACAACUGUGCCCUCAUCUAUCACCACCAUCUUCUUCUUCAAUUGCAGUAUCUACUCUCUGAAACCAGAGGACCUGACUGAUUUCUCAAACGCCCUUGGCAUUUUUGUGAUUAAAGACACUGAUUUGAGGGAAGUUCACCCUGGCACAUUUGAUUCCACUCUGAAUAUAGGUGCCUUAGGCUUAACUGGCACCGGACUGAAAGAUCUCCCUGAGGCCUUGUUCCAAAAUCUUCAGAAGCUGGAGAGUCUGAAUCUGAAGGGCAACCAACUCCUGGUACUCCGCACUAACUGGUUUUCCUCCCUGACACAUCUAAAAAUUCUUGACCUUAGUAAGAAUCUUUUCACUUCUGCACCUGUGAAAAUUUUUCACCCUCUUACUGGGCUAGAAUACCUUUACCUUUCUGGAAACAAUAUCCUUCGGCUGUCUAGAGAGACAUUCAAGGGUCUUUUUGACCUUAAAACCUUGCGGCUUAAUAAAAACUUGCUUCAGGAACUCGCCAUUGGCAGUCUGGAUGACCUUGGAAACCUGGAGGAAUUAUCCCUAAAUGACAAUCUAAUCACUCACCUCCACCAUGACAUGUUCUCUAAGACUCCAAAGCUCCAGAAGCUGUUCCUCUCCCACAACAGGCUAACAUCUCUUCCACAAGGGAUCUUCUUAAAUCUUCCCCUCCUUUCCCAGAUCUCCCUGUAUGAAAACCAGCUGGAGAGUCUGGGUCAAGGGGUGUUUGGGCCCAUGCCCUUGAAGGAGUUGUGGCUGUAUGACAAUAAGCUCAGCCGUGUGGAGGAUGACACAUUCAGAAAUCUGACUCAGUUGCAUCUUCUGGUGCUCAGCCGCAACCAGAUCAGCUAUGUUUCCACUGGGGCCUUUAGAGGUUUGGAGCAGCUGGGAGAGGUAUCACUUCACACCAAUCUGCUCACAAACCUACAAACUGGGACUUUCCAAGGUCUGCCCAGCCUUGUCAACAUCUCGUUGGAGCACAAUUUCAUCAGUUCCCUCCCUGUGGGUUCUCUGCAGGGGCUGAGCCACCUAGGACAGAUGGACCUACGAAACAAUUCCCUUCACAACCUGCCACAGGAAAGUCUAGAUGCACUCACCAUAGCAAAGGAAGUACUACUGCAGCAGAAUCCCUGGUCGUGUGACAAGGAUAUUCUGCCUCUUAGGGAUUGGCUGAGACUACACCCAUCCAAGGCCAACCAAACCCUUUUGGUGUGUGAAGUGCCUUUCAGUCUGAACGGUGAAUUGAUUGCUCUACUGACAGAUGAGAACCUGGUGUCUCUCAGCUCUACCAGGGAGCCUGUGUUAACCUCAACAGAGAAGAGGAGGAAACCCAAUACCCCUCCAACAAGAAAAACCAGCUCCACACCUCCUGUCAAGACCACAACCAACUCAAAGCAUGAAGAGGUCACCAGCAGCGGACAAGGGGAGCAGGAAACUGUUUCUAAUAAUACUUCCAUAACUCUCAUCAUCAUUGCAGUAGUGUCCACUGUCAUCAUCAGCACCGUCAUCAUCAGCUGUGUGUGCUGGAGGAAGAACAAAAGAGGCCGGGGAGAUAUACGCCGCAGAAACAAGAACUCUGUGCUGUAGACUAUACCAUCCAAUCAAUAACCCAAGAAAUAUUCAAGUCAAGGGAAACUUCUCACUGAUUACUGUGGAUUACCCAGAAAAUCUAGAGGAUAGAGUUGAUUGUAGAGCCUCAAAUGCAUAGAAAGAACCGCUUUAGCUCCUUCUUCUUCAGCUACAACAAGCAGGGAAACAGAUUUUCUAUUGAAUUCUUUAGCAUUCAGUUUUUUUUAACAGUCAGUACUGUGUGUUGUAAAAAGUUAACUAACAUCUUACACACUAUGCAUAAAAAAACCCACCUUGCUCUUUUGUGGGAAACUGGGACUUUUUGGUGAAUGUAAACUCAAAUGCACUGAAACAGUGUACUUCUUUUAAUGGAAUUUGGACUGAACUAAGUAUUUCUUUCAAUGGUCUUUCUUUUUUUCAUUGAUUAUUGCAGUUUGAAAUUCCUUUUUAUACUAACAUCAAUACAUUUCAGGAACAGUUUUAAUUGCUUGUAAAAUGGCAAUCCAUGCAAAAUAAAACAUGUAAUUCUUACUCUGGUGUUACACAAUUCAAAGCAACAUGCUACUAUACAUUGAAUAAAUGCACUGCUUUUAGUGGGAGCAAUCUGA